AUGGCAAAUAGAAUGAUGGGUCGGUAUGAUCCGGUGAAUUACCAUCCUCCUCCAUAUGCCAGAAGACCUCCUGUUGGUCUUCAUGUUCCUUUCAUGCCAAUAAGGAGAUUCCCAAGUGGAUGCACAGUUCAGGGGACUCUUGCUUUGGGAUAUUCAACAGCAAUGAUGCCUUCCGACAAUUGUUUUGGUACCAAGAGUGUGGCUGGUACGGUGAUUGGGUUGGACAACAAGAGCGAACAGUGCUCCGGAAGAACAUCAACCCGAAUCGUCUUUACUGGCAGUAUGCAAUCAGUUAAGUUAAAAGCUUCAAAAUUGAUGAACCUCAUGGUACUUUGCUUGGAUGCAGAGGAUCAGAAGUUCUGA